CUCAGAUGCUUAAAGCGCUUCGUUUGGUUUAACUACUCAAGUUUAUGAAGACGCGCGCUCCUCUCCGCCGUGCGCCUCCGUUUUCCGUCUUUCUUUUCUUUAGCACAGAAAACCUUUAGGCUUCGAGAGCUCUAUAAACUUAUCUGAAGAGAAAUUUUGAAGUUUUUUAAAAUAUUUAAAUUAGAUUAUUAAAUAUAGUGCCGCGUUUCGGAACGCGAGUCGUUUGCUCAGCAACCUUCUUUUGUCUCAAGGACUGUCCAGAGCUCAUAUCUCAACUCUUAGCUGUUUCAUAGCCUGUGUGUUUUUUUCACAAUCGCUUCCAGCUUUCAAACUUCUUUCCACGCGAGAGCGAGCGAGCGCGCGCGCCUGGCACUGCCCCGCUCCCCCGUCGACGUUUCGCACGCUGAUUCCAGUAUAAAAGGGGCUAGAAAAUCAGAAAAACAUGAUGAGCAAUAAUACAUACUACGACCAGCAGCUGCCGCCGCAGUAUUACCAGGGCACGGACAACGGCGAGGACGCGGACGAGGAGAUGCCGGCCACGGAGAAGGACCUGGCCGAAGAUGCGCCCUGGAAGAAGAUCCAGCAGAACACCUUCACGAGAUGGUGCAACGAGCACCUGAAAUGCUUAAACAAGAAGAUCAACGACCUGCAGAAGGACCUGACCGACGGGCUCAAGCUCAUCGGGCUCCUGGAAGUUCUCAGCCAGAAGAAAAUGUACCGAAAAUAUCACUCCAGACCCAAUUUCAGGCAGAUGAAACUGGAGAAUGUGUCCGUCGCGCUGGAGUUUCUAGAAAGGGAACACAUCAGGCUUGUAUCCAUAGAUAGUAAAGCUAUAGUGGAUGGCAACCUGAAGCUCAUCCUGGGCCUGAUAUGGACGCUUAUCCUGCACUACUCCAUUUCCAUGCCCAUGUGGGAGGAUGAGGACGAUGAAGAUGCAAGGAAGCUGACGCCCAAACAGCGUCUUCUGGGCUGGAUCCAGAACAAGGUCCCGCAGCUACCCAUCAACAACUUUCACAGGGAUUGGAGAGAUGGCAAAGCAUUGGGAGCCCUGGUGGAUAACUGCGCCCCUGGUCUGUGUCCCGACUGGGAGACAUGGGACCCAAGCCAGCCAGUAGAAAAUGCAAGAGAAGCCAUGCAGCAGGCUGACGAUUGGCUCGGUGUGCCUCAGGUGAUUGCUCCCGAGGAGAUCGUGGAUCCCAACGUUGAUGAGCACUCUGUGAUGACCUACCUGUCUCAGUUCCCCAAAGCCAAACUCAAACCUGGUGCCCCUCUGCGGUCUAAAACCCUACACCCCAAAAGAGCCAAGGCUUAUGGGCCAGGUAUUGAGCCCAGAGGUAAUGUGGUUUUGAGGCCAGCUGAGUUUGUCGUUGAGACCGUGGAGGCUGGACUUGGGGAGGUGCUGGUCUACAUUGAAGAUCCAGAAGGUCACACAGAGGAGGCCAGAGUCAUUGCCAACAACGACAGAAACAGAAGCUACUCUGUGGUCUAUGUGCCAAAAGUAGAGGGUCUACAUAAGGUGAAGGUGCUGUUUGCUGGUCAGGAUAUUGACAGGAGCCCUUUUCUGGUCAAUGUGUCAAAAGCAUUGGGAGACCCAAACAAGGUUCAGGCACGUGGGCCUGGCUUGGAACCAGUGGGGAAUGUGGCCAACAAGCCCACCUAUUUUGACAUCUACACAGCAGGUGCCGGAGCGGGUGAUGUCGGUGUGAUCAUCGUGGACUCUCAGGGCCGAAGAGAUACAGUGGAGAUUAUUCUGGAAAAUAGGGGCGAUAGCGUCUUUCGUUGCACCUACGGCCCCAUUCUAGAGGGACCUCACACUGUGUACGUGACAUUCGCUGGCCAGCAGAUACCCAGAAGCCCUUUCACCGUUCACAUCUCUGAGGCGAGUAAUCCAAAUGCUUGUCGGGCCAUCGGGCGUGGCCUGCAACCCAAGGGCGUGCGUGUGAAGGAAGUUGCAGACUUUAAGGUGUAUACAAAGGGGGCGGGCAGCGGAGAACUUCGCGUUCAGGUCAAAGGGCCAAGAGGUGGGGAUGAGCCUGUGAAGGUCCAGGAGGUGGGAGAUGGUGUGUACGAAUGCAACUACUACCCAAUUUUCCCCGGAAAGUACAUUGUCACCAUUACAUGGGGCGGACACGCCAUCCCUCGCAGCCCAUUCGAGGUAACAAUAAGUGAGGAAGCAGGACCCCAGAAGGUACGAGCGUGGGGUCCAGGCCUGGAGACCGGCAUGGUUGGCAAAUCAGCUGACUUUGUGGUGGAGGCCAUUGGCACGGAGGUUGGAACUUUAGGUUUUUCUAUCGAGGGCCCAUCGCAGGCUAAGAUCGAGUGUGAUGACAAAGGUGAUGGAUCGUGUGAUGUCCUCUACUGGCCUACCGAGCCUGGUGACUACGCGGUCCAUGUCAUCUGCGAUGAUGAAGAUAUCAAGGACAGCCCCUUUAUGGCCCACAUCCUUCCUGCAGCCAAUGACGUCUUCCCUGAGAAGGUCAAGUGCUACGGUCCUGGGUUGGAGCCAACCGGGUGCAUCGUAAACAAACCCGCCGAGUUUACAAUUGAUGCACGUGGAGCCGGCAGAGGCCAUCUACAGAUUUACGCUCAGGACUCGGAAGGUUUCCCCAUCGACAUCCAGAUCACAGAUAAUGGUGACAGCACAUAUUUCUGCAUCUAUAUACCUACUAAGCCCAUCAAACACACCAUUAUCAUCACCUGGGGAGACGUCAAUGUUCCUAACAGUCCAUUCAGGGUGACCAUUGGAGAAGGUAGUCAUCCAGAGAACGUGAUGGUGCAUGGACCAGGUGUGGAGAAGACUGGGCUGAAGGCAAAUGAGCCUACGUACUUCACCGUAGACUGUAGCGAGGCUGGGCAAGGAGAUGUAAGCAUUGGGAUUAAGUGUGCACCUGGUGUGGUUGGACCCGCUGAAGCAGACAUUGAUUUUGACAUUAUUAAAAACGACAAUGACACAUUUACAGUAAAAUACACGCCCCCUGGAGCCGGACGCUACACCAUCAUGGUGCUAUUUGCAGAUCAGGAAAUUCCUAUCAGCCCCUUCCGUAUCAAAGUCGACCCGUCCCAUGAUGCUAAUAAAGUAAAGGCUGAAGGUCCCGGUCUCAACAAUACAGGUGUGGAAGUGGGCAAGCCGACCCACUUCACGAUCUACACUAAAGGUGCGGGUAAGGCAACCCCUGAAGUUAAGUUCACCGCAGCUGGAAAAGGAGAAGCCGUCAGUGACUUUGAGAUCAUCGACAACCACGACUAUUCCUUCACUGUGCGUUACACUGCGUUACAACAGGGUAACAUGAGCAUAUCUGUGUGCCAUGGUGGUGACCCCAUCCCUAAAAGCCCAUUUACCAUCACUGUUGCUCCUCCUUUGGAUCUUAACAAGGUCAAAGUUCAAGGGCUCAACAACAAAGUGGAUGUGGGAAAAGAUGAGGAAUUUACCAUCAACACCCGUGGCGCGGGAGGUCAGGGAAAGGUGGACGUCAAGAUUAUGUCACCCUCUCGUCGACCAAUCCCAUGCAAGGUGGAAUCCGGAACGGCCAAUGAGGUUCACUCUGUUAAGUACAUCCCCCCAGAGGAGGGGCCUUACAAAAUAGACAUCAGCUAUGAUGGAAACCCUGUGCCUGGAAGUCCAUUUACAGUGGAGGGGGUGAUGCCUCCUGAUCCCUCAAAGGUGCGAGCCUAUGGCCCUGGCCUGAAGGGAGGCAUUGUGGGUAAGCCCGCUCCAUUUGCCAUUGACACCAAGGGUGCAGGCACUGGUGGCCUGGGGUUGACGGUGGAGGGCCCAUGCGAGGCCAAAAUCGAGUGCCAGGACAACGGAGAUGGUUCUUGCUCAGUGUCCUAUCUGCCCACCGAGCCGGGCGAGUACUCCAUCAACAUCCUGUUUGCCGAAGCCCACAUUCCCGGUUCCCCCUUUAAAGCCAUGGUGCAGUCCGUCUUCGAUCCCAGCAAAGUCACAGCCAGCGGACCGGGUCUGGAAAGAGGAAAGGUGGAUGAAGCGGCGUCAUUCACGGUGGACUGCUCCAAAGCAGGGGAGGCGGAGCUGACCAUCGAAAUUAUUUCCGAUACAGGAGCGAAGGCGGAGGUCCACGUUCAGAACAACAGCGACGGGACGUAUUCCAUCACCUACAUCCCCCCUUUCCACGGAAUGUACACCAUUACGAUUAAAUACGGAGGACAUGCGGUGCCCAAAUUCCCUGCGAAGGUGCAGGUAGAUCCCGCUUUGGACACCAGCGGAAUUAAAGUCUACGGUCCAGGAGUGGAACCCAGAGGUGUACUUCGUGAGGUCACUACUCACUUUGCCGUUGACACACGGGCUCACAGUAUAAUGGGAGGUAACCACAUUAAAGUUCGUAUUGUUAACCCAUCGGGUGCCAACACGGACGCAUACAUCACAGACAAAGGGGAUGGCACAUACAAAGUGGAGUAUACAGCGUACGAGGAUGGUGUGCAUUUGAUAGAGGUGCUGUAUGACGAUGUGCCCGUUCCCAAAAGCCCUUUUAAGGUGUCGGUAACCGAAGGCUGUGAUCCCACUCGUGUACGGGCCUAUGGUCCCGGUCUGGAAGAGGGUCUGGUUAACAAACCCAACCGUUUCACUGUGGAAACCAGGGGUGCUGGUACAGGUGGGCUUGGUUUGGCCAUCGAGGGUCCGUCAGAAGCCAAGAUGUCCUGUAAAGAUAACAAAGAUGGCAGCUGUAGUGUGGAGUAUAUUCCCUUCACUCCUGGAGAAUAUGACGUCAACAUCACUUUCGGAGGUCUGCAUAUUCCAGGGAGUCCAUUCAGGGUGCCAGUGAGGGAACUGGUGGACCCCAGUAUGGUAAAAUGUUCUGGCCCAGGUCUGGGCAGUGGAGUCAGAGCUCACGUCCCUCAAACCUUCACUGUGGACUGCAGCAAAGCUGGACUCGCCCCACUGGAGGUUCUGCUGUAUGGACCCACAGGAAUGACAGAACCGGUAAAUAUUACAGACAACGGUGACGGCACGCACACUGUGAUCUACACCCCUGCGAAAGAUGGACCCUACAGUGUGUGUGUCAAGUAUGCAGAGCAAGAAGUGCCACGCAGUCCAUUUAAGAUCAAGGUGCUGCCCGCUCAUGAUGCCAGUAAAGUCCGUGCCAGCGGUCCCGGUCUGAAUGCAUCCGGCGUGCCUGCCAGCCUGCCCGUGGAGUUUACCAUCGAUGCCCGCGACGCAGGGGAGGGGCUUCUCACCGUACAGAUACUGGACCCAGAAGGCAAACCAAAGAAGGCCAAUAUUCGGGAUAACAGAGAUGGGACGUACACCGUAUCCUACGUACCAGACAUGACGGGACGCUACACUAUUACCAUCAAAUACGGUGGAGAUGAGAUCCCGUACUCGCCAUACCGUAUCCACGCACUGCCUACUGGAGACGCUAGCAAAUGUCUGGUGACAGUAUCUAUUGGAGGACACGGACUAGGUUCAGGACUUGGACCCACUAUUCAGAUCGGAGAGGAGACGGUUAUCACUGUGGAUGCAAAGGCCGCUGGGAAGGGAAAUGUCACAUGCAAGGUGUCAACGCCAGAUGGGGCGGAGCUAGACGUGGACGUAGUGGAGAACUCAGAUGGCACCUUUGAUAUCUACUAUACCGCUCCGGAACCCGGGAAAUAUGUCAUCACCAUCCGCUUCGGAGGAGAGCACAUUCCCAAUAGUCCCUUUCAUGUGGUGGCAUCUGACACCGUCCCUAUAAUCGAGGAACCGUGUGAUAAACUACAGUUACAGCAGCCCUACGCCCCCUACCAGGGUUACAGCCCUCAUUGGGCUACAGAGGAGCCGGUCACUGCAACGGAUGUCAUGGACCCGAUGCUCCGCCCCUUUAAUCUGGUCAUUCCAUUUACAGUGCAAAAGGGGGAGAUUACAGGUGAGGUGCGUAUGCCCUCUGGUAAAACCGCUCGCCCCAACAUCACUGAUAACAAGGACGGGACCGUCACAGUCAAAUACGCCCCUACUGAGAAAGGCCUACAUGAGAUGGACAUCAAGUAUGAGGGAAAUCAUAUACCAGGAAGUCCAUUGCAGUUCUAUGUGGAUGCUAUUAACAGUGGGCACGUGAAUGCAUACGGCCCUGGUCUGAGUCACGGCAUGGUCAACAAACCCGCCAUCUUUACAAUCGUAACUAAAGAUGCAGGAGAAGGUGGUCUGUCUUUGGCAGUUGAGGGUCCAUCUAAAGCAGAGAUCAGCUGUAAGGAUAAUAAAGAUGGCACCUGCACUGUGUCCUACAUGCCGACGGCCCCGGGAGACUACAACAUAAUUGUCAAAUUUGAUGAUAAGCACAUUGCUGGAAGCCCCUUCACUGCUAAGAUCACGGGUGAUGAUUCCAUGAGGACAUCUCAGCUGAACGUUGGCACAGCGACAGAUGUUUCUUUGAAGAUCACGGAGACGGACCUGAGCUCUCUGAGCGCAAGCAUCAGAGCCCCGUCUGGCAAUGAAGAGCCCUGUCUGCUGAAGAGACUCCCAAACCGUCACAUCGGAAUAUCCUUCACUCCUAAAGAAGUGGGUGAGCACGUGGUCAGCGUGAAGAAGAAUGGAAAACACGUCACCAACAGCCCUUUCAAGAUCAUGGUGGGUCAGUCGGAAAUCGGAGACGCCAGUAAGGUGAAGGUGUUUGGGAAAGGUCUGAUUGAAGGACACACUUUUGAAGUGGCCGAGUUUACUGUGGACACAAGAAGUGCAGGUUAUGGAGGUCUGGGUUUGUCCAUCGAAGGGCCCAGCAAAGUUGACAUAAACUGUUCAGAUGUGGACGAUGGAACGUGCAAAGUGACUUACUGCCCAACCGAACCAGGAACCUACAUCAUCAACAUCAAAUUUGCAGACCAACACGUGCCAGGAAGUCCAUUUACGGUGAAGGUUCUGGGUGAGGGACGAAUGAAGGAGAGCAUCACCAGAAGGAGGCAGGCGCCCUCCAUCGCCACAGUUGGCAGCACUUGUGACCUUAACCUUAAGAUCCCAGGGAACUGGUUUCAGAUGGUAUCAGCCCAGGAACGGCACACUCGAACCUUCACCCGCAGCAGCCACACCUACACCCGCACAGAGCGCACCGAGAUCAGCAAGACCCGUGCGGGAGAAACCAAACGCGAGGUGCGGGUGGAGGAGAGCACCCAGGUUGGGGGUGACCCCUUCAGAGAUGUUUUCGGUGGAUUCCUGAGCAGAGAAAACCUGAGUCCUUUCAGCGCCGCCCAGGCCCGACAAUCAGAUGGUGAGUCAGGUACUCAGGAAAUGACGGCACAGGUGACGAGCCCAAGUGGAAAGACGGAGGAUGCUGAGAUCAUAGAAGGAGAAGACAGCGCCUACAGUGUGCGCUUCGUACCUCAAGAAAUGGGCGCUCACACCGUCAAUGUCAAAUACAGGGGCCAGCAUGUCCCCGGCAGCCCCUUCCAGUUCACCGUGGGACCUCUGGGAGAGGGAGGUGCCCAUAAGGUUCGAGCCGGUGGUACUGGAUUGGACAGGGGAGUGGCAGGAGUUCCUGCCGAAUUCAGCAUCUGGACCCGUGAGGCUGGCGCUGGUGGUUUGUCCAUAGCUGUCGAAGGGCCCAGCAAAGCCGAAAUUUCCUUCGAGGACAGAAAGGACGGAUCGUGCGGGGUGGCCUAUGUCGUACAGGAACCUGGCGACUACGAGGUGUCAAUCAAAUUUAACGACGAGCACAUCCCGGACAGCCCCUUCAUUGUUCCUGUUGCAUCGCUGUCAGACGACGCCCGCCUGCUUACCGUCACCAGCCUGCAAGAAAUGGGUCUCAAGGUGAAUCAGGAGGCUUCGUUCGCCGUGCAACUGAAUGGAGCGAGAGGAGCGAUUGACGCUAAGGUGCACACACCUUCUGGAGCAGUGGAGGAGUGUUACAUCACUGAACUAGAUAAUGAUAAACACGCAAUACGGUUUAUUCCACGGGAGAACGGCGUCCACUCCAUCGAUGUCCGUUUUAAUGGAAGUCACAUCCCGGGGAGCCCCUUCAAAAUCCGCGUUGGAGAACCCGGCCAGGCCGGAGAUCCAGGAAUGGUGACAGCUUUUGGCCCUGGAUUGGAGGGAGGAACUACAGGCGUGCCUUCAGACUUUAUUGUGAACACGUGUAACGCUGGGUCAGGGGCUUUGUCUGUCACAAUCGACGGUCCGUCGAAGGUAAAGAUGGAUUGUCAGGAGUGUCCCGAAGGAUACAAGGUCACCUACACACCCAUGGCUCCCGGCAGCUACCUCAUCUCUAUCAAGUAUGGAGGACCACAGCAUAUCGUGGGCAGCCCCUUUAAAGCCAAAGUCACUGGUGCACGUUUGUCCGGCGGACACUCUCUACACGAGACCUCAUCAGUGCUGGUGGAGACCGUCACAAAAUCAUCCUCAGUUGCCGGAUCUUUCUCCUCUCUGCCAAAGUUCUCAUCCGAUGCCAGUAAGGUGGUCUCGAGGGGGGCUGGACUCUCCAAAGCUUUCAUUGGUCAGAAGAACACCUUCACGGUGGACUGCAGUAAAGCAGGGACAAACAUGUUGAUGGUAGGAGUGCACGGGCCAAAAACUCCAUGUGAGGAAGUGUAUGUCAAACACAUGGGCAACAGAAUGUACAAUGUCACAUACACAGUGAAGGAAAAAGGAGACUACAUACUGAUAGUCAAGUGGGGUGAAGAGAUGGUGCCCGGAAGCCCUUUCCAUGUCACAGUGCCUUAAAAAAGACCUGCCUCACUAUGCAAAGACUCCAAUAAAUGAGAUGGGACUCACCGACAAUGUCACGUGCCUGACCUUUAUGAUGAUACGUUUUUUACAAGACCUCUUAUAUUGGCAAAAUCCUCCGCCAGUUGUCUUCCGUAUGUGCAUACGCUUUAUCCAAAGAGACACCGAGUGUGUUUACAUGUGCAAUACAAUGCUGAUAAAGUUUUGACAAUGCAAACAAUAAUGCGUUUACAUGAGAUUCGGAAAUCGUUUGGGUUAUACCCAUACAUUGAAUGUGUUGAUCAAUAUUUCUCAAUCAAUAUUUGCAUUUAUGACCGAUAAUACACUGUUGGGUUAUUAAGCAUAACUGGUGCAUGUAAGCACACUUAUUAUGAGUUCAGUUCACACAAUGGCUUACGCACCCUAACCUGUUUUGUACUACGUUGUUUUUAGGUUGUGAGAUUAGUCAACGUGUGACUGAAAGAAGUGAACGAUGAAUCGCAUUGAACAGAAAAGUGAACGGGGCUAACAUGCGAUUUUACAUCAAAGCCAUAUUGUUAGUGAAGUUACUGUCAGGACCAUAAGUUAACAGAUCAUUUAUUUAAUCUUUUUAUCUACUGCUAAAACUGGUCUUAUUUUUAUGAUGGAAUAACACAAUGUUGUCUCUUAAACCCUAAACGAGUCUGGAUCAGGUCUGAAGCCAGUCCUGGUCAAAGGUUUAGUUUAAGUUAGAGAUGUUUUAAGCUCACACUGGGUCUGAACCGGUCGCAAGUGGCCCGACGGCCCUGCAGACCGAGUUAUGUGAUUGGUUAGAUGAGAUUUUUGUACCAAGCGGUGUAGCCAAAGCCGUUAAAGCAUGUGAAUGUUUGAAAAGCCACAGUUUUUACAGUGACACAACAGAGCGACAUUUUAUAGUGAUUUUAUAUGUAUGGAUUUAAAAUAGAAAUGUAUGAAGAGACACUAAUAAUUGUUUGAUAUUUUAACCUACUGUUUGGUAAAACUGUGCUGGCAUAUUAAAGUUUUAAUUGCUAUGCUUGA